AUGGUAAAAUCGCCCUUACGCGGGAGGUUUCCCCGCGUCUCUAGUGAUUCCUCUGUUGAAGGCCAUUCCUCUGGCGAGAACGGCCCCUCUGACAAAGUUCCGAUUCAAACCGACAACGUCGACGACGAGGAGGCGGCGUACGAGGCGCGCCAGAAGAUCCUGAUCGCCGAUUUCGAAUUAGAUUCGCCCAAUUACUCGGGGGCGCUGCCGUUCUCGUUCAAGAAGCUGUGGAUGUUCACGGGUCCGGGUUUCCUGAUGAGCAUAGCGUUUCUAGAUCCGGGGAAUCUCGAGGGGGAUCUUCAGGCCGGCGCCAUUGCUGGCUACUCCUUGUUGUGGCUGCUGAUGUGGGCCACGGCGAUGGGGCUGCUGAUUCAGCUUCUGUCGGCGAGGCUAGGGGUGGCGACGGGCCGGCAUUUGGCCGAGCUCUGCCGCGAUGAGUAUCCGGACUGGGCGAGGAUUGUUCUGUGGUUCAUGGCGGAGGUGGCCUUGAUUGGGGCUGAUAUUCAGGAGGUGAUCGGAAGCGCCAUUGAUUGGGGCUGA